AUGUACGGUAGUAGGAAGAGCGAGAGAGGAGAUACACAACGGCGAUGGACUGAUAUAGAUGAAGGAAAUCAAAAAAGAUAUGAGGAAGCGGAAGUAACUGCAAUAGGGAGGAUAGGUGUUGGGAAAAUGGAGAUAAGCAGGAGAAGAAUGGAGGAGCUAAUAGAAGCGGGAAAAAUGAGAAAAACAUACAAGAAAGGAAUAUCGAUUAGAAAAGGAAAAUGGAGAACAGCGAGGAGAACGGAAGAGAAAUGGGAAGCGAGAAGAAUAGACAUGAAAGGAAGGGGAAAAGAGAUAAAAGAAAAUUCGGAGAUAAAAUGGAAAAAUUAA